GCUUUAGUACAGCAGGAGGCGGCAGCAGCUUGGACAAUAGAGGAGAUGGCGGCUUCGACUUUGCAGGAAGGUUUUAUAUAGGAGGAAGCGGCUUCGACUUAGGAGGAAGCGGCUCCAACUUGAUAGGAAGCCACUUCAACUUGGAAGGAAGCGGCUUCUAUUUGGGAGGAAGCGGCUUCUAUUUGGGAGGAAGCGGCUUCAAUUUGGAAGGAAGCGGCUUCAACUUGGGAGGAAGCGGCUUCAACUUGGGAGGAAGCGGCUUAAAUUUUGAAGGAGGCGGCAGCUUCAACUAUGAUUGCAAUUCUCACGAAUUCAAGUAG